CAUUUGUCACACCAUUUGUAUAACGCUUUCAAACGCUUAUAACAAUUAACUCGUCAUUCAAUUGACUAUUAAAUCAAUUCAAUUGAACGCCAAUCCAAUCCAUACAAACAAAUACAAUGGGUGUCCAUCACGUGGCAGACAAGGCGGACUUUGAUGGUCAAUUAGCGGGCGCGGGUGGCAAAUUGGUGGUGGUAGACUUCUACGCGACCUGGUGCGGGCCCUGCAAAAUGAUUGGUCCCGUUUUGGACAAAAUGAGCGACGAGUUGGCGGCGGAAGUGGUGUUCCUGAAGGUCGAUGUGGACGAGAACGAAGACAUCGCCACC